AUGGACUGCAAAUGGGCCGAAGAGCAGCCCUGUGAAGCAGUUGUUCUUAUGGCGUCUCCUGCCCUGGCCGCGGUCAGCCUGGCCGGCAGUUUUGUCUGUAGGCCUGUUGGGUGGUCAGAGCAGAUGCCACAAAUCGGCGUGCCUGCCCCACUGGCAGGACAACCGAUUGAGGAGGGCAAUCGUGUCGGAAAUUCCCCUUCACCGUCUCGCAGUUCCACUCACCUCGGCGACAUCUCAUCAGUCCCGGGGACGGCAACUGAUCCGGCCGUCUCCAGGCCGGACUCAUGCGCACUCGAGGGUCACCACCUCUUCGCCGAAAGGAUCUUCAUCUGUUACGCAUUUAGAGGUGAACUCAUACGGUCUCCGUCGGACGCUCACUCCGACAACCACCCGUUCCGGCUGAGGCACGGGGGCACCACAAGUGUGACCUGGGCCUGGGCGCCACGAGUCCGUAACCGGGCCGACUCUGGUGGUCGGCCAGGGUUGUCUGGCCAUCCUUUCUUCACCUGGGAAGGCCAUCAGAUGAGCAGUCUGCUAACCCAGCCUCAGUCCACACACACACACACAUCGGUAGACACACUGUACGUCACACCAGUUGAGACACAAGUCGAAUUAAGUGAAUAUUCUCUCUCUCUCACACACACACACACACCAUCAGCCAGUCUAGCCGGCUCCAUCUCACGCUGUCCGUCACCCCAACCGAGGCCCGUCGGAGGGGUCUGUCUUGUCACCUCGGCCUCUGUCCGAUGCGUGUUGCUACUUGCUCGCCGACGUGUCGGUUCGUCGUCAGUCACGGCGCCAUUGCGCUGCUCAGCCUGUCUCCGGCGACCGGUGGCUGGCCGACCGGUAGCGAAAAGCCACGACAACCCGGUCGCCGGAGCAGUCGGCAGCCGAGUGCUCCCUUUGUACACCUUUCGAGGCUGGGCCCUCCACGACAACAGCGCCCAUCAACACAAAUCCGCGGGUCGAUGUCGAGUGUGCACAUUCACCACUCAGCAGAGCCACAAAACCCAUUUGUCCCGACUCUGUCUCGACAACACACACACACACACACACACACACGCCAUGCGAUUGUGCAGUGAGAAAGUAAAAGUAAAGAGAUACAGACUGCAACCUGAACCAAUGGGCUGCUCGAACAGGGUCACAAGGCGCCAACUAGUCGACCCGAUCAGUCGGCAUGACACUGUUCGCCGCUCAAACGAGCCAUACAACUCUGGUCGACAUUGUCUCCUCGCCGUUCUCGCCGUUGGCGGCGAACGCCGCUCGUUGUCAGGGCUCGGCGACAAUUUCGCCCCGCCGCUCUGCCUGCAACCGGGGCAACCGAGGGCGUCGAUUGCCGUGUUGCCGGGCUGCACUCGUCUGCUCCUUUUGUCCAGGAUCCCGCACCGUCAUGCCCAACGCCUGCUCUGCCGCCUCGUGACCGGCGCUGCUCUCGGCCGGUCUUCAGGUCGAAAUGGUCGCCACGUGACCUGA